CUCUGAAUAGAAGCUCCAUCCUUCUGGCUGGGAGAGAGGAGCUCCUUUUGUUAUUCAGAUCACACACUCCAGCCUGUGGCUGAGUGCAGCAGGCAGGCUUCAGCCACUGGAUUCUUUUCUCGUCCUCCUGAUCUCAGCAGAUCAUCCCCCGCAACCUGGCAGCCAGCUAAUUUCUCUCAUCCUUGCCAAAGGGGUCCUGCCGUCUCUGGACUCGCGUGCUCUCUUUCCUUUUCUCUCUCUCUCUCUCCUCCCCCCCCCUCCCUUUCUGUCUCUUCCUCUCUUCCACCCCCCCCCGCCCCCCGUCCCUGUGCCCACCCGCUGAAGCUUUAUUACCCUUUACUUUGCUUUGCUUUCAUCAGAACCUUCCAGUUCCAUUCUGCCUCUUUUCUAAGCGGUCCCCAAUCUCCAAGCUGGCCCCACUUUCAGCCCCUUCUGUCUCCUUUUUCUGCCCCAGCAUUUUCAUUCCAACAGUGCUUGCUGAUUUGCAGCGAUGCCAGCAAGGAAUUGUUAGAACCAUAUACUGAGCCAGAGUAUUGAGUACUGGGGGAGAAGGGUUCUUUCAUCCUGGAUAUUGUGAUCUUCCAGCUUCAGAAUUUCUGAGCAGGCCCUUUCCUCAAGUGGGGAGUCAGGAGCAGACUUCGGCCAUGGAGGUGGGCAAGAUGACUGUGAGCAUCAAUAAGGCCAUUAAUACACAGGAAGUAGCUGUCAAGGAGAAACAUGCCAGAACAUGCAUCCUGGGAACUCACCAUGAGAAAGGAGCUCAGACCUUCUGGUGUGUUGUCAAUCGGCUGCCCCUCUCCAGCAAUGCUGUACUCUGUUGGAAAUUCUGCCACGUGUUCCACAAGCUCCUCCGCGAUGGACACCCAAAUGUCCUGAAAGACUCUCUGAGGUACAAGAAUGAGCUGAUUGACAUGAGCAGGAUGUGGGUGAGUUGCCUUUGGGGAAUUGCCUCUGUAAAUGAACUGCUCACGGUAGGAGACAGUACUAGGGAUCCUUCCAUCUAGUCAAGUGAGAACAGCAGACCUCUGACAGUGUCCGUGGAGCAGUGGCUGGAGCCUGGUUGGGGCUAGGCAGCUAGUAGCAUUUCUUUUCAGCUGUCUGCCUACCCAAAGGCUACCCAGAGCAUGUCUCUGCACCAGCUGCAUUCAGCAUAAGCCUUUAUUACAGAGUGGCAGAUUCAGGAUGGAGUUGAUGCUUCGUUAUCAGCCUCCCAAGGGGAGCUGAGCCUCUGAAAUGCUGAGGAAGAGAGGGUUGUCCUUUCUCAGGAGGUGGGUGAAAAUAGAACAGAACUUUGUCAGUGGUGUUUUGAAAACAGAUCUGUAUUUUACCUUCUACUCCUUGUCUUUCUGGACUUGUUUGGCCUAUUAAAGGCAAACCUCUUUGGGUUGCUGAGAAGAGGGACCCAGAAUAAAGGAGGCUUGGGUUUAUAAAGAAAAACACUUAUAGUUACAGAAACUGACCACCUUGUGACUCCCACUUUUAGGGCAAAGUUGAGAUGGGGGUAGCAAGUGAGUAAAGGGAAAUGCAGUGAGGCAGGGGAUGGAGAGCUGGAGGGUCACCAAGAUGUGUGGAGGAAGCCUGUGCUUGCGCACCCCAGGGAAAAAAGAGGGCUUUGGGUGUGCUGAGAGGUGGGGUAGGGUGAAUUGAGUGAUAGAGGUGCACAGUGUCCCAGUAACAUUGGGUUACUUGGAAUGGCACAAAGCAGAGUGCGAUGAAAUGAACUUUAGCCCAUGAAAGCUUAUGCUGCACACGUGUAUGCAUGCAUACACAUGCACACACUUUGGGUAGUCUCUAUGAUGAAAAUGUAUCCUACCUUCCACAUAGAAAAGACAUCAUAGAAACUGAGGGAGGAAUAUGGGGUGUGUUUGUGCAUGGCACCAUAGGAAAUUGGGGAAAGGCAGUGUUAAAAUAUUUGUGGAGAGAAGUCUUUUCUGCUUUCCUUUUGUUGUGCACUGUCUGUUAAACCCACAACUUACGCAGCAAGCCAUCAGCAACACUUCCCAUGGAUUUGAUAGCUUGGGCAAGGGAAGUCUUCCAAGGUGGCUUUAUGAAAUCUGUAAAAAAACAAAACAAAACAAAACAGUAGAAAUUCACUUCCUCAGAGCUUGUAAAAAAAACCAGAUUAAGCUGUAGGAGCACAUUUUAAAUAAGUGGGGCAGUACACAAAGUUUAGAAACAAGACCUGUAAUAAAGAAGGACCACUGAGAACUAGUUUCAAUGGAGCCCAGCCUAUAAAAAAUACAGGCAACCCCUGCUUAACGCAGUUUCACUUAGCACUAUUUCACUAUAACGCUCAUUUUAAAUUGAUACCUGACUUCACUCAAUGCUCAGCGUGUUUCAUUAUAACGCUCUCAGUUGCCAUCUUGGGUUAUUAAAAACACUUGCGGUCACCAUCUUGGAUUGUCAAAAACUUUUGGUUUCACUUAACCCUCAUUUCGCUUAAGGCUCUGUUUUUCAGGAACGAAUUCAGAGCGCUAAGUGGGGGUUGUCUGUAUUGUAUGGAUUCAUAAAAACUCUGCACCUCUUGAAACCCCCAAACAACGUGCAGACUAUAUUCUAACAGUUCAGAAGACCAGUUGCCAUUACAUCUGUUUCUUCAUUUAUUGUCCACCCAGCAUUAACUUUGCUUCCCAGUGCAAUUGGCAACGAUUGGCUGACAAACGACUGUAAAACGCCAAUUCUUAUUCUAUGGAUCCAUGCCCCAACACCCUUAAGAGAGGGAGUUGGUUUUGAUUCAACAUAACAUGUGGACCAUGUGCUUUUGAACAAGUUGGGAAAGGUACCAGUUCACUCUGAAUCAGUAUCUGGAUGGCAGAUUCUAUUUUGUACAGGUUUCUCAUGGGUUUUUUUGGUAUUUUUCAUUGCAUCAGAGCUGGUGUUUACAAUGGUUGGAAGUUCUUGUGCGUCAGGCUCUCUCUCUGUCUCACUGGAGACAUUAUGUGGUAUUUGGUUCAUUUUGUGUGUUUAUUUCUCCCAGUAAAGUGUUAGCUACAAGAAGGUUUAACAGCAGAUUUCAGAUAAUUCAGGAUCUCCAGAAGUAGAGGUCUAUCUCCUCCACCAAAGGAACUGCACCAAUAAAGGCUAAACAUAGAGCUGCUGAGCAUUCUUUUCUGUAGUGAAAAUCAAGUAAACUCCCAAUUCUACAAGUCUGUUGGCUUUAAUUAUGGGUCUUUAGAAGGAAUUGUAUUUGCAUAGAACCAUUAUUGAAGGCAGUAAUUUUACAUUGGCAUAAAUGUUUCCCCUGCCCUUUAUGGGUAUUAUUGCAGGAUUGGGACCCAUGGACUGAGAGACAAACUGUUCACCAUGACCCACCCUUGCCCCACAGCACCCUCAAUCUACAGCGAUGCAUGUUCUGCAAAUGGGAUUAUCAAAAGUCAUGUAGCAAACAGUAUCGAUUACGUUUGACCCUUUUGAGAAAGUGCCUGAUUUAGAAGGAAGUCAUAGAAAAUUAAGGCUGGGAGGGACCUCAGGAGGUCAUCUAGAUCAAUCCCCUGCUUAAAGCAGGACCAUCCCCAACUAGAUUGUCCCAGCCAAGGCUUUAUCUAGCUGGGUCUUAAAACACCCCCAAGGAUGGAGAUUCCACAUCCUCUCUGGGCAACCUGUUCCAGUGCUUUAAUUCCCUGCUCGUGAGCAAGUUUUUCCUAAUAUCCAACCUAAACUUCCCUUUAGGAGAUUCCCUUCUCGCUGACAAAAAGAUGUUCUACUCCCAAAUAAAGUUCCUUAAUAUCCUUAAGAUUUCCUCUGUUAGAGCCUUCUGAGAUACUGCAGGUUCCAUUGAUGGUUUAUGAACUAAUGUGGCUGAGAAGUUUCAGAGGCAAAACCCAAGGGGCAGAAGCAUGCAGGUGCUGAUCAAGCUAACACCAUUUAGUCCUCUGUGAUUGAUUUGGAAUAUGAAGCAAAGCUGACAGGAGAAUGAAACUGGUCGACAUACAGCAACUAGGGAGCAAUAGGCUUUAGGGGCAGAGGCAGGCCUGUGUCAGGCUUGGUCUGAAAAGCAAUUUUCAUUUUUAAAACUCAGUUCUUUUGACAGAUUUGCUAUAAAGCAGUGCAGUUAGCUUAACUGUUUCCUCUGUGGCACUGAGAUGGAUUCAGUAAUUGCUGCUAAUGUAAUAAGAUGGUCUGUCGCCACAGAUGCACCUGGAUACUGUAUGGGGGAUAACAUUUACUAUGUAAGAAAGAAAAAGGGCUGUUGGGAGUUGAGCCAUGACCUCACCCACACAAACACCACUGCUUGCACAGGGUGGCAAGAGGGAAAUGGGUGAUGUGAGAUAACUGUGGCUAAAAUGACUCAAACAGGAAGGUUUACAAAUUCAGAAAAGAGGGAAAUGAAAAUUUGCUUCUUCAUUGUCAGAGUGCACGUGCAAGCACACAUGCAGCCUGAGAUUUGCGUGCUUAGGUUAACAGACCACAGGCAGAGAGACAUAAAAGUGUCUUCCCUGGGGUUCAGCUUUGUCCCUUGACAAAUGCCACUCAUUGGAUUUACAUCUUGUCCAGCUGCCAGUGGUUCAUUUUUAUGAUGUUGAUCAGUGUGGAAGCAGAUUCUGUGUGCUGCUUGCUAAUAUUCUUCUUUCUCCCUGCCUGUAUAGUUGGGCUGAUGUCCUCACUACCUGCCUUGGCUAGUAGUAAUCCAGUCUUGUGCAAGGUACUGCCUACAGCACCAUAAAGUGACAGUAACUCUUUUAUUAAUCCCUAGUUACAAAGGGGUUAUCAUCCCAGUGACAGUUCAGUCAUUC